CAAACAGGGCUACUGACAUUAUUGGAAGCUCACACCAUUCCACACUUUGAGCUUCAACCAAUCAAACAUUAUACCAAAUUUAAGAGAGGAAAAUGUGGUCGGGAGUGGUGGAUCAGGGAAAGUUUAUGUUGUGCUGUUGAGAAAUGGACAAAAAGUUGCUGUGAAGAGGAUUUGGAGCAAGCACAAGUUGGAUGAGAUGGUUGAGAAGGAGUUUCAAGCAGAAGUUAAAAUACUGGGAACAAUUCGUCAUUCCAACAUAGUCAAGCUCUGGUGCUGCAUUUCAUGCGAAGAAUCAAACCUUCUUGUGUACGAAUUCAUGGAAAAUCGCAGCCUGGAUCUGUGGCUUCAUGCAAAGAAAAGAUCACCUGCCCAAUUCCUGGAUUGGCCUACUAGGCUACGCAUCGCAAUUGGAGCUGCUCAAGGGCUGUCCUAUAUGCAUCACAAUUGCUCACAACCAAUUGUUCAUAGAGAUGUGAAAUCCAGCAAUGUUCUUUUAGAUUCAGAGUUCAAUGCCAAGAUUGCAGAUUUUGGCCUCGCCAGAACAUUGAUAAAGCAUGGAGAUCCCAACACAGUGUCCACAGUUGCUGGCUCCUUUGGCUAUAUAGCUCCUGAGUAUGCACACACUAGAAAAGUGAACGAGAAGAUUGAUGUGUAUAGCUUCGGGGUGAUACUUCUGGAACUGGUGACGGGAAGAGAGCCGAACGAUGGAGAUAUGGAUUGGUGCCUAGUUGACUGGGUGCGAUACUAUGUUCAAGAAGGAAACCCCAUUGAGGAUGCUUUAGAUGAGGAAAUAAAGGAGGCAGAGAACAUAGAUGAGAUGUGUGGAGUGUUCAGACUGGGGAUAUUCUGUACUGGUGCAAAUCCUGCUAAACGACCCUCCAUGAGAGAGGUCUUGAGGUUCCUCCUCGAUUUUGCAGCUCUCAAUCAGUAAAUGGAAAAGAAAUAAGUGUUAGUGAGCGCGAUGUUUCACCGCUUCUCAAGUGUUGUAGUAGUGAGGGGGCGGCGAAGAUGGCGAGAUGAUAAAGAUGAUGAUGAAUUUGUGAAUAUGGUGUAUUGGUGUUAAAUCUGUAUGUUGGCUUGGGAGACAUGUACUGUG